ACCUUUUUUUUAUCAGUUUUUAAAGUUGGAAUUGAUUAAUUUGUCACCCAAUCGGACAGUGGCAUGCAGUUUUAGAUUUUAUCGGUGGAGAUGUUCAGUUUUGGCAAGAAACCCGCCGCUCCGAAGCGGGAAAGGAAACGCGAUCCAUCCGAGUAUGGAUUGUUCGGAAUAGGUGACGCUGGCAUCGGGGACGAUAACGAUAGUGACCUGGGUGACGAUGGGGAUAAUGGCGAUUUGGAAGCUGAGCUGGCGGCAAUUGCUUCCGGAUCCGGUGCUGGAAAAAAGCCGCGACCGAAACCUAAGGGAGGUGUUGUGGCACCGGAAGCUCUGGACGCGAUGGUGGCCGCAAGUUUGAGAGACGUUGGCAGUGAUGAGGAGCUUUCCGGAGAUGAUGAUGACCCGGAUUUAUUGAGCGAACUUGCGGAUAUCGCCGGUGGAGAUGUAGCUGAAGACGAACCGGAUGUAGAUAGAGCAUCACCUCCAAAACGAGCGGCAUCUAGCAGCUCUGGGGUGAAAGAUCUGAUUAAAUCUAGAAUCGAAAUGUAUACCACAGCGGAGGACAAUGCAAAGAAAACGGGUGAUGCUUCCAAAGCAAGAAGGUUCAAUCGAGGAUUGAAAACGUUGAAAGACUUGUUGAAGCAAGCAGAAGCCGGGAAGGCAGUGGAUCCUAGCGAUAUUCCACCGGAAGUAAGUGUGAAGGGUGCCACUUCUGGACCUAAUCCAGAACCACCAAAAGAAGAAAAAUCGGCCGACAUUCCCACAGUUCCUACAAGAAAAGCUCCAGCUCCUCCCCCUGCAGGUCCUGCACCGGUCUUCGAAUCAACUACCAUGGCUACAACGCCUGAAUCAAAACCUUCACCUCCGGCCAAUCCACAGCUAAGUCUACUAAACGAUAGGAAGACCCAAUAUAAAACUGCUGCCUUAGAAGCGAAAAAGGCAGGAAACACAGAGAAAGCUAUCCAAUACAUGAAGAUAGUAAAACAAUUCGACUCGGUGAUUCAGGCGGUGGAAAAUGGGCAAGAAGUUGAUCUGAGUAGAAUGCCACCCCCGCCAGGAGAACAAGACAAAUCAUCACCUGUGGCUGCCACCAGUCCACCGCCAGUGCCUCCUCGCGCAAGAAAAGAGGAAGACCAUACCCAAAAGGAAGCCGAAGUGCCUGCCGUUGUUGUGACCAGCAGCGAACCAACGUCUCAAGAAGAUUCCGAACAACCCGAAGAGGAAGAAGUGCUGAUUCAAGCGUCCAGUAUUUCGGAAGCGCUUCAGCAACGGUUGGAAAAGUAUCAAUCCGUAGAAAAGGCAGCCAAGGACGAAGGCAAUGGAUCGAAAGCGCGCCGGAUUGGACGCAUUGUGAAGCAGUACCAGGAUGCAAUCAAGUUACACAAAGCCGGCAAACCGAUUCCGAUAGAUGAACUUCCGACCCCACCCGGCUAUGCACCUAUUCCGGUGGAUGGACCGCCAAAGGUAUCUCCCAAGCCGGCCCCAUCGCCACGACCGGUUCCGAAGGCUUCGCCAGUGACGACUCCCGGGGGGUCUUCUGCUGCUGCUGACGUUCCUGGUCCCAGCAAGGUAGCGAAAUCGCCCCAAACACAGAACGAGAAACAGAUUGUCCUUCUGCUGGAGCGCCAGAAGGAAUUCCGCCAGGCGGCCGUCGAGGCGAAGAAUGCCGGUGAGCUAGAGGAAGCCAAGGAAUACCUUCGAGUGUUCAAGGGUUUGGAAAAGUUGAUCGAUACCGCCCGCGGGGGAAUCCCGAUCGAUAUGAACACCAUUCCGAUAGCACCUUCCAAGCGAUCCUCGCUGGAGGACUCCUUCACGGUCGUUGCCCAAGAGGAUUGCACUCCAGCGGACGAUGCGGAUGUAGAUCUGAACACGCGUCUAGAGGAGCAACUGUCGAAGCAGCUGAUUAUGUGUAGGAACACUAGGGAUCAUCACCGGGCGAUGGGCGAUGUGGCCGGUACGAAUCGAUUCGAGAAUCUAGCUCUUAGUGUUCAAAAGGAUCUGGACUUUGUGAGAUUGGCACACAGAAAGCAACUACCGGUUCCGAAGUUCCACUACGAGAUGAAGCAGUUUAACGUAGUCAAGUGUAAUACGGAAUUAACCGACAACGAAGUUGAGGUUAUGAUAGUUAGGGGUAUCAACUAUAAUGUUCCUAACCCGAAGGAGGUGGAUACGUACGUGAAGCUGGAGUUUCCAUAUCCGCAGGAUGAUCCUUUAAAAGCGAAAACCGGCAUCGUAAAAGACAGCGACAAUCCGGAGUAUAACCACCGACAGAGCAUCGAAAUUCAUAGAAGUCAACGUGCGUGUCAGCGGAUAUUCAAAAGACAGGCGCUCAAAUGUGAAGUUUUUUCCAAAGGAGGUUUCCUUCGCUCGGACACCCUCAUUGGAACGGUCACGGUGAAGUUGCAGCCACUGGAAACGCAAUGCGAGAUUCACGAUUCGUUCCCGCUGAUGGACGGUCGUAAAACAGCCGGUGGCAAACUGGAACUGAAGAUACGUGUCCGGAAUCCGAUCCUGACAAAGCAGAUCGAGCAGAUAAACGAAAAGUGGCUGAUUAUCGAUGCAUGAGUUGUUACCCAGCACUAGGAUGCAUUUGAUACGCGCGAUGCUAAGGCCAUGCCGGCGGGUGACGUGGAGAGAUUGACUGGUGAUGCUAGUAAAAAAUGUAAUGGAAUCUAAACAACUAUCACACAUGGCAGCAGAACAUCGAGCGGUUGCAGUUGCAGAUUUCUCGUUCUGUACUGCGUGCUACGCGAAACAAUCGAAAUGAGGAAAUAGCGCUUUAAGCUUCUGUUGAAUGUUGAAAUAGGCGGAAUGUUUGUAAAAUUGUGUGUUGACUGAGUUAGUCAGUUUGUGAUGAACGAUAGGAUAGCUUUACGAUGUGA